CAGAGAUGAUUGCAUUCUGCUCCUGCACCCACUCUCCCAGGAGGCCGACAUGGGGCUGGGUCCCUUUGCGGUCAUGCGGAGUCGCUCGCUCGUGGUACAGUACAGCCAGUCAGUUGUUCUUCGACAGCACGGUGAUCCUGGCGAGCAAAGGGAAGCCGGAACACAAUCCAUGGAGUUUCCUUUUGCCUCUCGCGCCCGCAGUGUGGGCUGCGCUGUUCGUGGCUGUUACCUGUACGUGUUCGGCUUUGCUGAUCUUGGGCGUGUGGGACUUCGUGUCUGGGCGGUUGAAUAGGGCAAUGGAUGUUCUCUUUUUACAUGUACGGACGCUCCUGCAGCAGGGGUUGGGCUGUGACCUGCCCGGAUCAUCUGGGCGAUGGGUGGUCGGAGGGUGGCUGCUCGUCGCCAUGGUAACCACCUGGAGCUACACGGGAAACCUGAUGUCUCUGCUGACCGUAAGGCACGUGUCGUUGCCUUUCCAGACGGGCCAGGACAUCGUUAAUGAUCCACAUAUCAACGUCAUCAUGGAACAGGCGUCUGCUUAUACCGAUAUCAUGGAGAAUACGAAGGAAGGGAUCCUGGCUGAUCUACACGCCCUGCUCAAGGUGGGCCGCAUGCACCACGAGCCGCUGAAUACGAUGGCACACUUCCUUGGCACUUUGGUGAGGGAUGGCACUCACGUUCUCUUCAUUGAUGAAUCUACAAGUCGUAAACUACCGGCUGAUAUCUUCUCCAAGACAGGUCGUUGUGACUUCUACAAAGUCCGUGAGACCUUUAUGCCCUUCUUUUAUGCAAUGAUAGGAAGGAAGAACUCUCCGCUCAUCCCAGCCAUUGAUGCCAGGAUUCAACAGCUGCUGGCAUCAGGAUUGUACGACAAGUGGGUCCUCAACGCUAUUCCCAACGCCACUGCGUGUGUGUACCUUCCUUCCAGCUUCACAGUCAAAGAACCGCUUACUGUGGAAACCACCUGGGGCAUGUUCGUAGUGUUGGUGUGUGGCCUGAGUCUUGCUCUAAUUUGCUUCGUGGCCGAGGUUAUCCACCACCGUCUCAGUAGGGAGGUAGAGACAUUGGGAGCUCAAGUUUCAAGAAAUGCAUUCAAGAAGAAGAAAGAAAUCGCCCAGAAAUAA